CACGUUUAGUUCACUUCUUACCAACGCACGACUCGCGCGUCUUAUCAAAAAGGUCAAAUACACAUAGUUUUACAUCAAAAUAGACGAUUAUAAAGAACUAUUUUUAAUGUAAAAUCAGUUAUUCUUUAGUUUUUAUUCAAGAUGAAGGGUUUAAGUAGUGUUUUUGUGUUAGUAAUAACGAUUUUCUCGGCAUAUGGAGCGUCGAUCCCGACUAUAGUCCCAACUCUAAAGCUGCAUGAUGGUCGUGACAUCCCGGCGCUCGCGCUCGGCACCUGGCUCGGCAAUAACACCAAGCCGGGAGCCAGCGAGGUGGAGCAGGCCGUGUCCUGGGCCAUCGCCGCGGGCUACCGACACAUCGACACUGCCUUCGCGUACAGGAUCGAGGAUCAGGUCGGCAGGGCUGUUGCUAAGAAGAUCAGCGAGGGUGUCAAGAGGGAAGAGCUGUUUAUUACUACUAAGCUCUGGAACAGCGAGCACGCGCGCGAGGCGGUGGUGCCGGCGCUCCGGCAGUCGCUCAGCAACCUCGGGCUUGAAUACGUCGACCUCUACCUCAUACACUGGCCUGUGGGACAGUUUCUGAACCAAACCUACGACUACACGGACUACCUGGACACUUGGCACGGCAUGGUGGAGGCCAAGACCCUCGGGCUGGCCAAGUCCAUCGGCGUGUCCAACUUCAACCAGCAGCAGAUCGACAGGAUACUGGAGCAUGGCCUGGAGAAACCUACCGUGUUGCAAGUUGAGAUAAACUUAAACCUCCAGCAACCGGACCUCCUCGCCUACUGCGCGCGUCAGGACAUCCGAGUCAUGGGCUACACGCCCUUCGGCUCGCUGUUCUACAGCAAGGCGCAGCCCGGCGCUCCGCCCCCGCGGGUCGACGACCCUGCCCUCGUGGAGAUAGCUAAGAGGCAUAACAAAACUGUGCCGCAAAUCGCUUUGAGAUACCUGGUGGAAUUAGGAGUGAUCCCAAUCCCGAAGUCGUUGACCAAGUCCCGCAUAGAGCAGAACCACCUGGUCUUCGACUUCCAGCUGACUGAACAAGAGAAGGCGACCCUCAAGGCAUUCGACAGGAACUACCGCACUAUACCGCAGCUCAAGUGGUUGGAUCAUCCUUAUUAUCCUUUUGAGAAGAACUGAGAAGAAGGGAAGAGAUAGGGUGGAUUUCUAUAACUUAUCUGCGAUUUGCGAUUGAAUAUUAGGUGAAUAGGUCCAUAUAAAAUUAUCCAUCGCUGAUAGCAAAGCAAUUGAUAGCUAUGUUAUAGAAAUCCUUAGUUAAGUAUAGUUCAUGUCAAACUUAAUGACAUAACUAGAAACUCCCUGUGCAAAGACUACAUAUUAUAUUUAUUCACAUAUUAUUAGUAAGCGGGGGUAUAUAUUUGUGACCAGAAAUUAGUUGAGAUACGCCAUCAUAAAGUUUGGCGAGAACUAUACUAGGUAAAAUAUGUUGGUGUUUUAAAAUCCAGGAA